UUCACCAUUCCCAAAACAACAAAAUUUAUCGUUAUAUGAUGACUACCACUUUUGAGUCAACAUGCAAAGUACAGAAAUCACAGAGCUAUAGCUGAAGUGAAGCAUUAUUCUCUCUCUAUUCAACUUUCAACUAAAGAUGGGAUCAAUUGCAGAAAGGAUUGCAGUGGUGACUGGAGCAAACAAAGGAAUUGGGUUUGAGAUAGUUAAGCAGUUAGCUUCAGCUGGAAUCAAAGUUGUGCUUACAGCAAGAGAUGAGAAAAGAGGUCUUCAUGCUUUGGAAACACUCAAAGCUUCUGGUCUUUCAGAUUUUGUUGUCUUUUAUCAAGUAGAUGUGGCUAAUGCUGCAAGUGUAGCUACUCUUGCAGAUUUUGUCAAAUCGCAAUUUGGCAAACUUGAUAUUCUGGUUAACAAUGCAGGGAUUAGUGGAACUGUUAUUAAUGACAAAGAUUUAGCUACUUUGCUGAUCUCUAACCCUGGAGCAUUAACAGAAGAUGAAAAGAAAAAGGCAGUGACUCAAACAUAUGAGUUAGCUGAAGAAUGCUUGCAAAUAAAUUAUUAUGGUGCUAAAAUAACUACUGAAUCUCUUCUACCUCUCCUAAAGUUAUCUGAUUCACCAAGAAUUGUGAAUGUAUCAUCCACUUUGGGAAAGUUAGAGGGCAUACAAAAUGAAUGGACUAAAAAAGUCUUCAGUGAUGCUGAUAACCUAACUGAAGAGAAAGUGGAUGAAGUAUUGAAGAAAUUUCUAGAAGAUUUCAAAGAAGGUUCAUUGGAAAGCAAAGGAUGGCCUAAAACUGGUGGUGCUUAUGUCUUGUCUAAAGCUGCUAUGAAUGCUUAUACAAGAAUUCUUGCUAAGAAUUUUCCUACUUUAUGCAUCAAUAGUAUUUGCCCUGGUUAUGUCAUCACAGAUAUAACUGGUAAUACUGGUCUCUUAACUGCUGAAGAAGGUGCUGCUAGUGUUGUCAAGCUAGCAUUGCUUCCCAAUGGAAGUCCAUCUGGCCGAUUCUAUAACCGGACUGAAGUCUCUGCCUUUUGAUUAGUACUAUGUUAUGUGGUUUAAGAACAAAAUGUGUCGAUUUUAUUGUUAUUGUGGUUAUGAUCGUUAUGAUUGUUGUUCUAUUUAAUAUUGACAAUAUUAUUGUUAUUAUUGUUACAUUUGAUGUUGACAAUGUUAUUACUAUUGUUGUUAUAUCAAGUUUUCUAGAUUAAGGAAA